CCAUCGGCCCGUGUCCGGCCCGCGCUGCCGCGUCCUGGGAGCCGAGACGGGCGGGCGGGGCGGCCGGGACCGGACGGGGCGGGAGCGGCCGGGUCUGGGGUGUAUGCGGCGGCCGGACGCGCCGGGGCCGGCGGCGGGGAAGCGGGGCGCUGACGGCUGACAGGGGGGCUGCCCUUUCGCCCCCGGAGCAGCAUGGAUGCCCCCCGAAGGGACAUGGAGUUGCUCAGCAACAGCCUGGCGGCCUACGCACACAUCCGCGCUAACCCGGAGAGCUUCGGCCUCUACUUCGUGCUGGGAGUCUGCUUUGGCCUGCUGCUAACCCUGUGCCUACUAGUCAUCAGCAUCUCCUGUGCGCCCCACCCGCGGCCCCGGGCCCCUGCUCCGCGCCGGGACCCCCGCAGCAGCACCCUGGAGCCCGAGGACGACGACGACGACGAAGAGGACACGGUGACGAGGCUGGGCCCCGACGACACGCUGCCAGGCCCGGAGCUGUCCGCUGAGCCCGACGGGACCCUGAGCGUCAACGUCUUCACGUCGGCGGAGGAGCUGGAGCGCGCGCAGCGCCUGGAGGAGCGGGAACGGAUCCUGAGGGAGAUUUGGCGCACCGGACAGCCGGACCUGCUGGGUACUGGCACGCUGGGACCCAGCUCCACGGCCACAGGCACCCUGGGUCGUAUGCACUAUUACUGACCAGCCCCGCUCCCGCUGCAAGGCACUCUGAGUAUUGGACAGACGCAUGAACCCCAGGACGUUGGAACGGCCCCUGCCCACGGUGCUAUGGAGGCCCCACCCCCACACCUUCCCCAGUGCUAUUGCGCAUGGAUCCCCACCUUCCGGGGCCCCCAGUCCUGCCCAGAAAGCCCUUGGGGGAGGACAGGACACAGGAUCCCCAGCCCCUCUCUGGGACCAGUUAAGAGAUGAAAUGACCAAUGAAAACGGCAUUCUCAGUGA